AUGCCACACAGCGACUCAGACACCGUCGAGGCCGAGGCGCCACUGACGAGACUUCCCUUUCCCCCGGUCACACGAUCUCAGAUAUUGCACUGCUCAUACCAUUUUUGGCACCCUCUAUAUCGCGCCCUUACUCCCAAGGCUCGUCUUAUUCCACUAAGUGACCCCUUUCUUUCAUACCUCCGCGCCGAUGGAAUCGUCCUUCCUCCAGAGCACCCAAGCCGCUCUCAUAUCACUGACGACGACAGCGGUAUCGAAGCCUCCGAUUCUGAGGAUGAAGAAGAAGAUGAUGAUGAUCCAUCGGCGGCUUGGCAAGAUAUUCACAUUCAGAUUGAGGAUACCAUCAGAGAACUGGACGGCAAAGUCACCCCGAAACUCAACUGGAGUGCGCCCAAAGAUGCGACCUGGAUUGCCGUCACGAAUGACCUCCAGUGCCAGACUCCCAAUGACAUAUACAUGCUAUUAAAGAGUAGCGACUUCAUUACCCACGACCUGGAACAUGCCUUUGACGACACCGAGCCCGAUCAGAGUGUACCGACAACGCAGGAGAAUACUAAUACUGACAGCAUUCCGUAUUAUCUCGUUCUCCGAAAAUACUUCAACCUCAACCCGUCUUUGGAGUUUCGAUGCUUUGUUCGCAACCGUACACUCCUGUGUAUGUGCCAGCGUGACCUGAAUCACUUUGAUUUCUUAUUUCCCAUGCGUGAAAUGCUCGUGUCUCGCAUCCAGACGUUCUUUGAUGAAAGACUCAAGGAUACCUUCCCAGACCCGAAUUUCGUCUUUGACGUCUACAUUCCCCCGCCUCAUGAUAGAGUGUGGCUCAUAGAUAUCAACCCUUGGGCAGUCAGAACAGAUCCGUUACUUUUCAGCUGGUUAGAAAUCCUUACAAUGAAGGACUUGGCGCCGCUUGAAGAUGAAGUUGUGCGGCUGUCAAUCAAAGAUGACGGCCCUUCUGCAGCAAAGCCAGAGACAGAGCCUUUUGAUAAUUCAAUGGCGGAGGACGAUGAAGAAGAAGACGAAGAUAUUGAGAAUGUGUCGUCCCUUCCAGAACUUCGACUGGUAGGACGAGAUGACCCCGAGGCCUAUGGGUUCACUACGCCGCAGUACUCUGCUCACAAACUACCUCGGGACGUUGUGGAUGCGUCACGAGCAGGGCCCGGAGGUAUGGAAUCUUUCAUGCGGCAGUGGAAGGAUCUUCUUGCACAGGAGUUCCAGCAGCAACAAGCGGAGUCGAGCGACGACGAAUGA